AAACACGACACAUAACAUCCUACCCAGUGACUCAACAAUGAGACCUCCAAGAGGCCGUGGUGGUGUUGUUCGCGGCGAAGCCUAUAGGGGUCGUGGAAGAUACAUCAAAGGUCCUCCUCGGAAUGAGAUAGGUACUAGAGGUCGUCCUCCUCCUCGGAAUGAGAUAGGGACUAGAGGUCGUCCUAUUCGGUAUGAGGUCGGGCCUAGAAGUCGUCCUCCUCCUCGGUAUGAUGUGGAGACUAGGGGUCCUCGUCCACCUCGGUAUGAUGUUGGGACUAGGGUUCCUCGUCCUCCUCGGAAGCAGGUUGGGAUUAGGGGUCCUCGUCCUCAUCGGAAUGAGGUACGGGCUAGAGGUCCACGUCCUCGUAGGAAUGAUAAAGGGAUAAGAGGUAGACAAAAAGCUGUGAUCAUACCACAUAGGAAUGAAGGUGUGUUUUAUGCCAAGACUGGCAAAGAGGAUGUUAUCCUCACAAAGAACAUGGUUCCAGGACAAUCUGUUUACAAUGAGAAGCGUAUCUCCAUUCCGAAUGAAGACGGAAGCAAAGUUGAAUACAGGAUUUGGAACCCUCAUCGCUCAAAGCUAGCAGCCGCAGUCCUAGGAGGUGUUAACAACGACAUCUGGAUUGUACCGGGGGCUAAGGUUCUUUACCUAGGAGCCGCUUCAGGAACCUCAGUCUCUCAUGUUUCUGACAUUGUUGGACCUACUGGAGUGGUAUAUGCUGUGGAAUUUUCGGCUAGAUCUGCUAGAGAAUUGGUGACCAUGGCACAGAAGAGAACAAAUGUUAUUCCAAUAUUUGAAGAUGCAAGACACCCUGGCAAGUAUCGGAUGCUCGUUGGCAUGGUUGAUGUCAUUUUCUCCGAUGUUGCUCAGCCGGAUCAGGCAAGGAUUUUAAGUUUGAAUGCAGAAUAUUUCCUCAAAAUAGGAGGCCAUUUUGUGAUAUCAAUUAAGGCAAAUUGCAUAGACUCUACUAAAGAUGCUGAGAAAGUGUAUGAGCAAGUAAGGAAUGAACUCAGAGAGAAUCAGCUAAAGGCUAGAGAAGGGAUCAAGCUUGAGCCUUAUGAACGCCAUCACGCGUGUCUUAUUGGUGACUACCGAGUUCAGAAGAAACAAAACAAGUAAUA